GUGGCGCUGUAGUUUCUAUUAGUAACUCGUUGUUGGCAUCGAGGACCUCUUUCACGUCUCCUUGUUUGUGCGUCUCAAGCAGCAAGGAGAAUGGAGAUAAAAAAAAAAAAAAACAUUUAGCUUCGCCCGUCUCGUCUCUCACAACACCCAGUAACGAAGAGGGUCACACGGGGAGAACAUAAAAAAAAAAAAACAAAACUUUCCCUUUAGCCUUCCUGUCACUUCCCUUUGUCCUAAGUAGUUACCUCAUCAAGUGACUACCGGCUAGCUCGGUCCUCUUCUUCCCAGGCUCGCCGGCUCGCCUCGGUACCCGCGUCCGCACGGAGAGUCACCGCGGUCGGGCUCCGGUGUAGCAAACCCCCUCCUCCGCCACCACACCCGCCGCGACCGAUUAGGAGGACGAAAACACCGCGCGGAUAUGGAAUGGUGCAUGCCGCUGGGUCAAGUGUGCUGCCGUUGAAUACAAGCGGAAUCAUGGACACGCAUCCACCGUGCACAAGACUUUGUCCACAUGCUCUGGACAAAGAGGAUGGUGUGGAGAGACAAGGUGCGGUCACGCUCAACCCUCGACACAUGAGGAAAGCUUUCAAAGUCAUGAAUGAACUGCGCAGUCAAAGCUUGUUGUGUGACGUCACCAUCGUAGCGGAGGACGUGGAGAUCUCCGCUCACCGUGUGGUGCUCGCCGCCGGCAGUCCGUACUUCCACGCCAUGUUCACAGGGGAGAUGGCCGAGAGCCGAGCCAAACGUGUGAGGAUCAAGGAGAUGGACGGGUGGACUCUGGGACUCCUGGUGGACUACAUCUACACUGCUGAGAUAAAAGUCACAGAGGAGAAUGUGCAGGCCCUGCUGCCAGCCGCGGGUCUGCUGCAGCUGAACGAGGUGAAGAAGGCGUGCUGCGACUUCCUGAGCUCUCAGCUGCACCCGUCCAACUGCUUGGGCAUCCGAGCCUUCGCUGACCUGCAUGCCUGCUCGCAACUACUCACGCAGGCCAACUGCUACGCAGAGCAACACUUUACCGAGGUGGUUGCCAGCGAGGAGUUCCUCAAUCUUGGCAUGGAGCAAGUUUCCAGCCUCAUCGCCAGUGACAAACUCACCAUUCCCACUGAGGAGAAGGUCUUUGAAUCGGUUAUCGCGUGGGUCAACCACGACAAAGAUGUGCGACAGGAGCACUUGGCCCACCUCAUGGAGCACGUGCGCCUGCCCCUGCUCACCAGAGAAUACCUGGUGCAGCGCGUGGAGGAGGAGUCCCUCAUCAAGAACAGCAGCGCAUGUAAGGACUACUUGAUCGAAGCCAUGAAGUACCACCUGCUGCCCGCUGACCAGCGAGCGCUCAUGAAGACGGCACGUACGCGCAUGCGGACCCCCGCCUGCUGCCCGAAGGUGAUGGUGGUGGUCGGCGGCCAGGCGCCCAAGGCCAUCCGCAGCGUUGAAUGUUACGACUUUGAGGAGCAGCGUUGGUACCAGGUGGCCGAGUUACCCACCCGCCGGUGCAGAGCCGGCGUGGUGUACGUGGGCACGUGCGUGUACGCCGUGGGGGGCUUCAAUGGUUCCCUGCGCGUGCGUACGGUGGAUUGUUAUGACCCCGCGAUGGACCGCUGGACCAGUGUCAGCAGCAUGCAAGACCGCCGAUCCACGCUCGGGGCCGCCGUGCUCAAUGGACUUUUGUACGCCGUCGGGGGCUUCGAUGGAAGCACGGGUUUGUCCACCGUUGAGGCGUACAACGCCAAGACGGAUGAGUGGUUCCACGUGUUGCCCAUGAGCACGCGACGUAGCAGCGUGGGAGUUGGUGUUGUUAACGGGAUCCUGUAUGCCGUCGGUGGUUACGACGGCGCCACCAGACAAUGUCUGAGCACUGUGGAAGCCUACAACCCUAAAAGCAACACGUGGAGUUACAUCGCUGAAAUGGGCACGCGACGCAGUGGCGCCGGCGUGGGCGUGCUGAAAGGUUUUCUGUACGCCGUGGGCGGUCAUGACGGCCCUUUGGUGAGGAAGAGCUGCGAAGUGUUCGACCCGGCCUCCAACACCUGGCGGCAGGUGGCCGAUAUGAACAUGUGUCGUCGUAACGCAGGUGUGUGUGCUGUCAACAACCUGCUGUAUGUGGUGGGCGGUGAUGAUGGCAGCUGCAAUUUGGCCUCGGUGGAAUUCUACAACCCCAACUCGGACAAAUGGACGCUGGUGCCCAGCUGCAUGAGCACUGGACGCAGUUAUGCAGGUGUGACGGUGAUCGACAAGCCCUUAUGACUGCUGGCACCGCCUGCCGCUGAUUAAAAGCAGAAGUUGCAUCCUACCGAAUUCUCACGUGGGGAUCUGUCGUCUCCCGCGACGUUUGCACGUUGGUCACUCGCGUCGACAAGUUGCGAGACGGAGGCCACGGCGACGAAGGUGAUGAUGUUGGCGACCGGAAAGAUUGUUUGUAUUUUUUUUGCACUUAACGUGAGUGCGGGGAGGGUUUGAGACUGUGUUUUAAUCCCGUCGAGGGCAAAUGGGCCCAGCCAGGCCACCGAAGGGGCUGCGGUGGCGGCGGGCUGGGCGGCCAGACACAGCCGCCAAAUGACUACUGACAUGAAGCUACUAAAAGUGCUAACCAUUUACUAGGAGGGGAGCUUGCUGCUCUAGAAGUGGGACUAUGAAAAUCUUCUCAUCGCUGGAGUGUUCUGUGCGUAUUUGUGCGCUUGCCCUCAAAGGUUCGCCAUUGCUCGUGACCCUGUUCGCGUGCAUCUAUGCUUUUGUUUGUGUACAUUUUAAGUCGACGGCUGCAUGAAUGCACUGUGCGUGGCCGCUUAUCUUUUUGGAGAGCGUUACAGCGCGCCUGAAUGUUAAAACGGUUGGCUGCUUCCUCCUUCCUUUUCGUGAUGCCUUUUGCGCUCUUUGUGGACAUAGUGGCGAAAUAGAGUAGUUUGUUGUUGUUUCUACAGAGGAACAUUUUUUGGUGCACCCGAUAGAAAAUCGGAGUUCCCCCCCCCCUGCCUCAAAACAGGAGUUUUUCUCAUAAAAUUGGUCUUUUUUUUUUUCCUCCAGAAGUCUUAAUUGAAAAAAAGCAGUUCUUAUUUAGGCUUCUUUUUAUUCUCAAAUAGACAACUUUUUCAGAAAUGACAUUUUUUUCCUCCUCAAAUUUUACUUCAGAAAAAGUUGGCUGCUGAAAAAUGGCAAAACAUUGCCGUUUUUCAGUGGAAAAUGACUGUCUCAAAGUUUGAUCCUAUUCUUGAAAAUUUGAGCUUUCGAGUAAAAUGUUUUUUUUUUCCUGGAAGAAAUAACUGCUCCAAUUUUUUGGGGUCAAGAUGAUUUUUUUUUUAUUAAAAUAUGGCAUUUUUUUUCCUUGAGUUUUUAUCAAUUACAAUAAAACCACCCCCCUCAAAACUAAAUGUUCCAUUG